AUGGAAGAGAUUAUGGCUAUGAUAUCUAAUUGCAUUAGGCUGGAAAUUUGGAAUCUUACUAAUUUUGGCAGAGUUCAACAUCGACUACAUAAAGCAAAACAGAAACUUCAACAGGUACAAGAAAGGGAUCCCACUUUUGUUGAUAGAAAGGGCUAUAUUUCAGCAAGAAUGCAGGUUCAAACAUUGUUGGAGAGGAAGGAGAUUAUAUGGAGGCAGAGAUCAAAGGCAUUGUGGUUGAAUGAAGGAGACCAAAAUUCAAAGUUCUCUCAUACUAAAGCUUCACAUAGAAGAAGAAAGAACAGCAUAAAGAGAUUACAAGAUGAAAAUAGGGAAUGGCAAGAAGGGGAAAAUAGAGAUAGUAUUAUUCUGGGUUAUUUUCAGGAUCUUUUCUAUACUUCUCAAGAGAGAGGUCCUAUUAAUUUCCUGGAAACUUUGGCAAGACAGGUGACUAGUCCAAUGAAUAAAGAAUUAGCAACGACUUAUAUUGAGGAAGAGGUGAUUGCAACACCGAAAGAGAUGAAUCUCUCAAAGGCUCUUGAACCAGAUGGCAUGGCCCUAAUUUUUUUCAAAAAUUCUAGCAUGUUGUUGGCAGAUCAGUUACUGCAGCAAUUUUGA